ACAUUUAAUAACAUUUCAUUGACAUUUUAAUUGUGAAUAAUUGUUUUUAUUCAAUUCUAAUUUAUCCUAAUUAAUUUUGUAGCAAAUUUACUUUUGCAAUAAAACAGUUAAAUUAAAUUGUAAAAAGAGAUAUAUAGAUGUACGUAUGGCGUGAUUGAGAGUCAUUUAUAAAUUGAAAAAAUAAAUUCCUAUGCGAAAUUAUUCUCACCAUUGCGGUAAAGAUUAAAAUAUUCAAUGCGAAACAUGGAUUUUUGACAAACUGCCAAAAAUUGAAAGUGAAGAAAAACUACUUUAUUAGUGUUGAAUUUAGAAAUGCAGUUACUAUCCACAUUCAUGACGAGACAUCUGAAACGUGGUACUUCCCUUAAAAAAGGAAAACGAGAAGGGAGUGGGAGUUGCAGUCCAAUUGAAGAGUGCCCAUUUGAAGAAGGGGGACCUUUGGGGCCCCUAAACGAAUCUGUCAGUAACGGGGCCUCCGGGUCUAUCAAUAUGACCCCUGAUGAUUCUGCUCCUGAUGAAGAAUUUGCCCUCGCAGUCAACCAAAAAACACAGAGAGAUGCCGAAAUAAUACGAGGAUCACUCUAUUUAGGAGUAGCUUUAACAAUAGCCUGGAUUGUUGGAGCCGCAGGACUAUCUUUGGCAUGGCUAGUUUUAGUUUUAGCCGUGGCAGGUACAGUAGUCAAAGGAAGACUAUCUCGAUUACUGCAAACAGCACUGCAUCAAGAUUUAGCAAGGUUACGAAGAAGGAGGGCUCUUUACAAAGACGAAACUGCCGAAUGGCUCAGUCUUCUCGUAAAUCGAUGGUGGAGGUUCAGUGCUGGGAGUAUUUUUUCACUAGCAAAGGAAAGACUCGAGCCUCUGUUGAAUGAAGCAAAACCUGGAAUUCUUGGACCCAUGGAAUUGAGAGAGUUGACACUUGGCGAGCAAACACCAUGCCUAACAAGAAUAAGAACCCUCGAUUACAGUGGAGAUGACGACACCCUUGGAAAUCGUCCAGGUUCAACGAAAUUAUCCAUCGAAGCGGAUUUACGAUUAGAUUGCGAACAAUUUCGAAUGCUCAUCACUACAAGACUCUUCGGCAAAGGUGUUGGUAUGGAUGUUGAUUUAGCAGUGGAGAAAUUAUCACUAUCGGGAACAAUUUUAGCAACUCUAACAUUGGAUUCAAUGGCACCAUUUCCGCACGUAACGCAUUUGAGCGUAAGUUUUAUCGAAAAACCCGAUGUUUGGUUCAGUGUGAAAGUAUUGAAGGCAGUACAAAUGAUGGAGGUCCCAUUGGUGAAGACCUGGAUUCAUGCAGUUGUCUCCGAUGCUCUUGCGAGCUGGCUAGUUGAUCCAGGUCAUCUAGAACUUGACCUAAGGGCUCAGGAGAGACCUGGACCUGGUUUCGAUAGUGUUAUAAAUUCUAUUCCACAAGGAGUACUCACCGUGACCCUAAACCAAAGUGGAUGUCCAGCAACAUUGAAUGAUGAAGUAAGAUGGCUAGUAGUGACAAUUGGUGAUCAAAGAAGAGUCAUGGCCCAUUUGAAUUCAACUUGGACUGAAAAUGUCUCAUUUCUAGUUGGUUCAUUGGAUAAUGAAAGGAUCAGCAUAAAAUUAAAAGCGAAAAGGCUUGUUAGCACUAUCACCUUGGCUCAAUUUGAAUUAGCUCUGGGAGUUUACAACUGGGAAAGUUCACAAGUAGUCGAGACAGUUCUACAGCAAAAAAAACCUUCAAGAAAUAGCGCCAAUAUACCAAAUAUUAAUACAAGAUUGGAAUACGCAGCUUUACCAAAAUUGGAUCCAGAUUUACCUCAACCGACUAUCACUGAAGAAACAAAUACACAUUCUGCCGUCACACGAAAAAAUUCCUUCCGAAAACAAAGAGCAGGAGUCCUGGUUGUUUACAUUCACUCAGCUGAGGAUCUCAACAGUGAUCCAUCGCAAUGCAAUCCCUAUUGCAUGCUGUUCAACAACCGUAAAAAGGUUAAAACAACUCACUACAUAAGAGGCACAACAUCGCCACGUUGGGAGGUCAGGACAGAGUUCCUUGUUCAAGAUUACACACAACUCUCCCUCAGUUUUGUCAUUUAUUCAUGGAAUAUUUCAAAAAUGUCUGAUACUGAUAUGCUCGGUCUAGCAAUGCUUUCAUUAACUCAGGACACAGGAUGGAUCGUAAGGAAAGAAUUAGUUCUAAGCGGCUCUACAAACUUGUCAACAAUGACAGUAUCAGUUUUAUUUUAUCCUGUAAAAAGUGUUCAACAAGUAGUGACGAGUAGAAGAAACAGUGUCAUUCCACCAUCGAUUGAUGAAGAACCAAAGACGAAGAGAAAUAGUCUUCCUUGGAUGCAACAAGCUAAACUACUAUUAUCACACAGAGACGUGGAUCCAACUUCAUCGGACAUUUCCAGUCUACUUUCAACUGGAAGUGGUCUUAUGGAAGUCUCCCUUCUCAGAGCUAAGGAUUUAGUCGCCAAGGACUUAAAUGGAUUCAGUGAUCCAUACUGCGAAUUAAAACUCAACAAUGAAACAAAAUACAAAAGCAGUAUCAAAAAGAAGACCCUAAAUCCCUGCUGGGAUGAAAGUUCCAUCAUGGGUUUGCCAAGAAAUGGAGAAACUUUAGAUGUGAUAUUAUGGGAUCACGACACUUUUGGCAUGAAGGAUUAUCUAGGAAAAGUGUCUCUGACUCUCGAGGAUAUCAGAAAACUUUCAACUAGCGAUCAGUCUCAUUGGUUUGCAUUAAGAGGAACCAAAUCGGGAUCAGUUGAGCUAAAAGUAAAAGUUCUAAGCGAAGAAUGCGAAACACAAAGUACCUAUACUGCAAGUAACGUAAGCGAAUCUUCAACUCGACCUUGUGCAGAAACCGAAAUAAUAUCAAACAUUGUUCGACGACCGUCAAUGGAGAAAUCAAAAAUGAGAUUACAUUUGGAGCAUGUUGUCCCGCCGCCACCACCACCGAGAACAGUUACUUUACUAAAACCCCCGUCAACAAAUCACUCUGAAAUUUAUUUCUGUCCAAUAGACAAAGCCAGUACGACAAGUAAGGAAUCAAAUGAAGUGAAUGGUGUCACAAAUUCCUGGACUCCGCGUGUCAUCACUGAAACAAUUUCCGAUACUGUCGAUGAAGCUGAUUCAACUUCAAAAUUAAAUGAAAGACGCUCGUCACAUAAUAGUUUAACUCCAAGUCCCGAACAAAGUUUCGGCAAGAAAAUGCCACAGUAUAAUAGUUUUCGGGUCAUGAAACAAAAGAUGAAAAGAGGAUUGAAAUUGAGAAGAUUUCGUUCGGAGGUGAAUAUUGAAGAUAAAUGUGAUACGACAAAAGGAGUGACUUUAAGUUUAGAACCAAGGGGAGGUGGUGAGGCAGACGCCACAGAACUUUUACAAGGAGCAUUGUCACACGCUGUAUCUCAACCUGAUAUGUUGGGAAGAAUAAGACAACCAAGUCCUCGAAUGAGAAUGAGGCCAAAUGAUUUGAAAAUUCUUAACGGGACAAGAGAAAAGUAUUCCGGAAUAGAGGGUAAAGUAUUACAAGCUCAGGGACUUCAUGUAGCACACAUAGCACAACUUUACUGUCGAAUUAAAUUUCAAACUUGCUCGAGUCCUGACAAAAUCCUACCAUCGAUGAACAAUGGAAAGACAAUAGCCAAGUCUCGACUAUUGCCAGCAAUGCCUAAUCCACAAUUUAGUAUUGAUUUUCAAAUUGACGGUGAUAGUAUUCCGAGGCAAGCGAUGCUUGUCUUCGAAAUUAGAAGUGCCAGCAAAGAAUUGCUAGCUAGUCGACGGAUAACUCUACACGAAUUAUUAGGGGCAACAGCAGCAACAAAUGAAAUUCACUCCUGGCUUGCUCUCAACAAUGGAGCAUCGCUUGAGGUUCAAAUUGCUCACGGGCGCGAGCUUAAAAGCAAAUCAACAAAAAAAUUAUUCCGAUCUUGGUCUGUGCAUCGAAUCGGGAAAAUAUGAGGUCAAAUGAAAGUCAGAGCUUUCUGACAAAAAAACUGCCUGCCUUGUUGCUCCAAGGAUGAAUAAAUAAAUAAUUAUUAACUCUGAGCAACAUUUCGAGAUUGUGUUAGAAAAAAAAUUACAGGAGAAACAAAUGCAAUUGUAAGAAAUAUUAUCAAACACAAAAAAUUGUGUUAUGUUCAACAAAUGCAUUUGAAAAACGAAAGACAAAAAACAAAAGCAAAAAAAACGAAAGA